AGCUCCCCCCAUUCUACCCUGGCUCCUGCAACAGUCCCCUGAGGGGUUUGGGCAUUUCUGAGGCAGUGGUACCCUUCCCCGCACCCCAGGCACGGGGGUAGCAGCGAGGAGGACAGACCCAGCUCCUGCCCUUCGGCAGCUCCCUCGGUGAACUGGCACGAUGGGCAUGCUGGUCUAAUGUUGGGGGCACAGGCAUGUCUUCCCGACACUUACUGGUGGCCCAUGUGUUUAGAACUGAAUGGCAAGGUCCUGAUUUCUGGUUUGAUCCCAGCAACAGGUACCCAGUCACCCUUUCCUGUCCCCGCCCCCCCCCCCAGUGUUUCCUCCCACCUUGACUUCCAACCAAGAGGGCAGCUUCUGUCUGUGGCCAGAAGGCUUGGCCAUUAAAGCUCUCCUGAGGCAGAGCCAAGCUCGAGCCUACACGUCUGAAUCCCAGACCAUGUGGGGAGUGAACACAGAUCCUGACCUUCUGUUGUAGGCCAGGGUCUCCAGAGCUAAUAUUGAGGCAGAGGUUGGGAUGCAGGGUGGGUGUUGGGGGUCAGCACCUGGGAAGGGAGUGGGAAGGUGCAGGACUGGACAGGGCGAGGUCAGCCUGGGUGGGGGCCAGUGGGGAAGCAUUGGAGGCAAGUUGUUCCUCAUGCUGCCCAGGUGGGCCAAGCUGGCCAGGACUCCCUAUCACCUGGUGGGCCACCUGGUAGGCUGCCCUGGGCAGCUGUGACCUGGUAAUGUGGGUCCUGCAAGAGCCAACAAGGGUCUGUCCACUUGGCAUCCUGCCCACCACUGGGCAGUAAGGCCUCAAUGGGUGACCGUUUCUGUGGAGGCCUCCUGUGCCACUUGAAUUCACGCCUCUGCUUGGGGGAUGGCUCCUCCAAGUCCCAGGGCUCUGCUAAGGGGAAGCUGGAAAAGGGACAGGAAAGGGAGGACUAUAGGCUGGCUUUGCAGUUGGUGUGGUCCCCCCUUAGCUACCACUUGUGUGUUGGUGUGGCCUCCUCACGAGGGUCUGAGCCCUCUUUCUUGGUGGGCCCCAUGGGUUCCUCAGGUGCUUCCUAGCCCCGCUGUAGAGUGGCACCCUACCUCUUGUGGUAGGGUCCGUUACGCCCACCAGGAUGGGCUCUCUGCCAAGAUGCCCAGGAGGCAGCCAGGGUUUGUGGCCCAGAGGGUCUCCUGCUGUGACACUGCAGUGACCAACUCUGCCGAACCCAGCGCCAUGGGGUGGGUGGCCGAGCCCUGUGGGCAAUGGAAGUGAUGAGCAGGGCCCAUGCCCCUCACCAAUGCCUAGAUAGGCCAUGUCUUCCCACACAGGGAGACCACCUGGCGCUUGGCCACAGGAGGACUUCUGGCCUCUGUCCCUCUAGGCUACACCCAAGGGACUGGUGUGUGUCCACCCAAAAGCCACGCUUGAGCUCUCUCCUGUUCCCAGUGGUUUUGUAGGUUCCCCCACAUGGCCAUGGGUGACACAGCCAUUGGGUUGGGGUGUGGCGGGUGUCGUGGGGGUGGGGCAGCCUGCUCACACUCCACCUCAGCUGUGUGCUCAUCACUGAGCCGUCACCCUACCAGGGCCCAGACACGCUGGGAGUGUAGUCUUCUGCCACCUCGUGGCUGUGUGCGAUUCUCACCGGCUGCCAGCCCCGGAGUGAGCGGCCUCCUUUCUGCACAGAGGCCUCUCCUGUGGGCCCGCCAGCUCUGCCAGCAACAGGCCGGUGUGCCCGGAGCAGCUGUAGCCGCACGUCACUCAGCAUGCAGGCUGGUGUGCAGGGUGCACAGCCUGCAAAACCCAGGGCCGCCUCUAGCAAGUACUGAUAAAGGCUUGUCUCGGAUGGGGCGGGCGUCGCUCUCAGGAAUGUUCCAGAGUGUCCUUUGGCUUGCUGACCACUGGGUCAUCCUGCCCAGUCCACAGCACAGCCUGGCUGUGCCGGGUGACAGGCAGGAGGGGUGGGGCCCAGUGGCAAGGUUCUGUCGUCUGCUCCCCAGUGUGGACAUGGCCAGGGCUCUUUUCUGGUUGGUGCAGAAUGUGGACUCGCCAGGUCUGUGGCUGUCUCUGGUGCCCCAAGCCCAGAGAGCCCAUCUCACAGAAGGCCCUGCUUUUGUGCAUGUGUCCCACUCGCCCCCACAGCCCCGGGCUCUGGCAGGUAAGAGUUGGCAGGGGACUCCCGUGACCCUUGCUGUCAGCAAGCCCACGGCCGACCACCCUCUGGCACCAUCCAGAACACACAGCUCCCAGCUCAGCUGGCUUGGUCCUUGGCCCUGCCAUCCGGCACAGGGCACAGAGCUGCUGCACAGGUGGCACUGGCCUAGCCCUUGGAGGCCUUUCUUGGUUUGCUUUCGGUGCCAGUAUGAGGCCCCACUGGUGCGCUCCACCUCCGGGUCUGCUUGGGGACCGGCUUGGUCUGGGCUCCUCCAGCCUCCAGCCUCCAAGCCCCAUUUCUCCUUUCGGGCCACCAUCAGGCCUGUGGUUAUGGGUGGCUUUUAGGAGCCGGCCCUGAAGUAGGAUAUGGGACACAGCCCCUAGGAAGUGGUCAGCAAGUCCUUCCUUGAAGGGGCCUGUGGGGCGCACCUCCACUCCACCCUACCUCCCCACCCACAGAAGGCACCCCAUAUAAGGGUCUUGCAGUUGGGGGUUGGCUGAAUGCCCAUGGCUCACCCCCUGCCCCUUUGCCCUU